AUGUCGUCCACACAGGUGCUACGGCAUCGAGCCUUGGCCAACUCCCACACGCCUCUAUUAAGAGCUUCUCAACGAUUGAGAUACCAGACCUCCCGACCAUUUUCGUCUUCUCGCCCCUCACACGCUCCAUUUGGUACCCGCCUUCGAAAUGCCCUUCGCGACACAAAAGUCGUCUGGAAGCCCAUCCCCAUCGGGCUUGGUGUCGCCUUCCUAGGAGCUUUCCAGUUCUACCGUACUCAGGCUCGUCAAAGUGAAGAGGAAAAGGCUCGCCAGCAGGCCGAACAAGAAGAUGGAGGAAGCGUUCCCAAGAGGCAGCGCAUAAGACCCUCGGGUCCCUGGCAGGUCCAGAUCAUGUCUACCCUGCCACUCAAGGCCAUGUCUCGUAUCUGGGGUCGCUUCAACGAGCUCGAGAUCCCCUACUACCUCCGCGUGCCAGGCUUCAAGCUGUACGGCUGGAUCUUCGGCGUCAAUUUCGACGAGAUCAACGAGCCCGAUCUUCACGUCUUUCCCAACCUGGCCUCCUUCUUCUACCGUACACUCAAGCCUGGCGCUCGCCCUCUAGAUCCGAACCCCAAUGCUCUCCUUAGUCCUGCAGACGGCAAAGUCAUCCAGUUCGGUACCAUCGAUAACGGCGAGGUCGAACAAGUGAAAGGCGUAACCUACUCUCUCGACGCUCUCCUGGGCUCGCAGAAGCCCACUCGCGCUACUCCGAACCCACAACCCAGCAAAGACCGCUCCAAGUCGGCAGAUCAAGAGAUCAUUCGCGCAGAUGAGGAAUUCGCCCAGGUCAACGGCAUUUCCUACACCCUACCCAACCUGUUCUCUGGUCCUAAGAGUAAAGACACUCCCAAGACUGCCGCUGAAGAUCAAUCCACACCUGCAAGAGCUAGUUCAGAGAAGGAGGUUCGCGACUCGCUCGCUCUAGGCGACGGCGGCGGCGCACAAGACAGCUGGUGGCAACCCGUGUCGACUGCUGCCAGACCCACAGCCCUCUACUACGCAGUCAUCUACCUCGCUCCUGGCGACUACCACCGUUUCCACUCUCCUUGCUCCUGGGUCGUCGAGUCCCGCCGUCACUUUGCCGGUGAACUCUUCUCCGUCUCCNCCCACCUCCAACGCACUCUCCCCGGUCUUUUCACAUUGAACGAACGUGUUGUUCUUCUCGGUCGCUGGCGCUACGGAUUCUUCUCCUACACUCCUGUGGGGGCCACAAACGUCGGCUCCAUCAAGAUCAACUUUGACAAGGAACUUCGCACAAACUCUUUGACUACAGAUACAGCCGCCGAUCGUGCAGCAGCCGCCGCAGCAGCAAGCAACCAGCCCUACUCUGGAUUCGCAGAAGCCACGUAUGGUAAUGCUUCCCCUCUGUUGCACGGUCAGCCCCUGCAAAGAGGCGAAGAGAUGGGCGGUUUCCAAUUAGGCAGCACCAUCGUGCUGGUCUUUGAAGCUCCCAAGGGUAGAAGACCUUCCUUUGACGAAGGCUGGGGAGAGGCUUCAGGUACAUCAGAGGAUAGAAGGGGUGGUUGGAGAUGGAACAUCAAGCCUGGGCAGUAUGUACAGGUCGGUCAGGCUAUUGGUUGGGUUCGCGAUGAACAAUUGAAAGAGUAG